AUGCCCGACCUGCCCGUACCAAACACCGACCUCGCGGAGGAGAUCGAAGCGAUCAAUGCCAUCUACGGUCCGGACACGAUAACCGUCACAGGGAGGGGCGCGGCGGCCCCGCCCACCCUCGACCUAGGCGCUACAACCACCACCCCCUCCUCAACACCAACACCCACAACAACCAUCACCCUCCAAAUCCCCGAACACCCGCACCUCUCCUUCAUCCUGCGCUUCGAAGCAUCCUACCCGGACACCCCUCCCCAGAUCGCCGGCACAGCCUCGACCGCCGCGCGCGGGGAGGGCAAGCUCGCCGUGGACGUGCUAGCAGACAUCGUGCGACGCACGCACCAGCCGGGCGCGGUGUGUCUCUUCGACGUGCUCAGCGAGGCGGUCGAAGCCUUCCACGAGCUGAACAUCGGCAGCAGCACCACCUCGCACCCCCCAGCAGAAUCGCAAGAGGAAACGUCCCCGGCGUCAGCGAUCGAGCCGGCGCGGGUCUCCCUGCAAGAGGCGUUCGGCAUCGAGCAUCCGCCCGAGUGGACGCUCUCGGAGGUGGUGACGGAGAAGAAGUCGGUGUUUGUGGGGCGGGCGGCGCGGGUGACGAGCCUGGGGCAGGCGCGCGGGUUUCUGGAUUACCUGCUUGCGACGGAGAAGAAGGUUGCGGGUGCGACGCAUAAUAUUAGUGCGUGGCGGAUCAGAGAGGGGGGCACGAGUGUGCAGGAUUGUGAUGAUGAUGGGGAGACGGCGGCGGGCGGGCGGCUGCUGCAUCUGAUGCAGUUGAUGGAUGUGUGGGAUGUGGUGGUGGUGGUGACGAGGUGGUAUGGGGGGGUGUUGUUGGGGCCGGAUCGGUUUCGCAUUAUCAAUGCGGUUGGGCGGGAUGCGUUGAAACCUGGAAAGCUUGACCAACCGGCCGACUCGACCAUGUUCCGCGGGAAAGACAGCCGCUGCACCCCUGAGCCAGCGAACGAGUCAGGGCCAGGAACGCCGGGUGACGUGGACGGGGAGCUGGCAAGGCAUGGAGUGGUGGGAGGUGCGGCGAACACGACACGCGAGAUGGGCAUGAAUUGGCGCUGCGGAUUCCUGGUGGUGGAGGGUUCAUGCGGAUGGUUACCUGUAUGGCUGAGUAGUUAG